UCUGGCCCGCGCGGGGCCUUGGAGUCGGGGGCGAGCGAUGCGAUCCGAGCGCCGCCUCAGCGGCGGAGGCUGAAGGAGGCGGCGAUAUAGCGGGGGAGGAAAAAAAGCGGAGCAGCCCGGCUGUCUUUCGCGAGAAGAAGGCGGGGGGUGGGUGGGGGAAGGUGGGACAGAAACCCGCAAGGAAACGGCAAAGGAGGGGGGGAAGGGGGUUGGCCUGAGAGGCGAGCGGGUUGCCGAGGGUAUGCGGGGCGGCCACCGAUUGCAACGCUUGGAGCUACUGUUUGGAGGACGUCAUCUCCACAUGGGUGUGUUUUCCAGCUAAGAGGGAUGAAAAGGAAAACAACGUUUUCAUGGAACCCAGUGAAACAGAGCAAAAUUUCUCCCUGCGAUCGAUACAAACAUGCCUGCUGCAUCUGUAGGGGGUUCCUUUAUGUUUACGGUGGCCGGAGAAAUACUAGCUUGAGUGAUUUCUGGAGAUUCAAAAUAGCGAGUAAUGAAUGGGAGGAACUGGACAAUUCAAACGAUGGCCCAGAAGAACUGGAAGAGCACACAAUGGUGGAUUAUCAGGAUAUCCUCUAUAUCUUUGGUGGAAUGGUGGAUUCAGCUUUCACACAGAAGAGAAAUCCUCUAUGGAUGUAUGACAUAGAUGCAACCAAGUGGAUAGCCUGCCGGCUCCCAGCAGUAGCGGGUGAGGUUCAAGUUCCUGUUAAUCGGAAGGGCCACAGUGCUGUGGUCUACAGGGGCAAUAUGUAUAUAUAUGGGGGAUACAUUGAUAUUAAAGGUGCUUCCCAAGAAUUCUGGACCUUUUAUUUUGAUACAAAACAAUGGGCCCCUCUAUUGGUUGCAUCCAGUGGGAACAGCCCAGGUCCCCGACAUGGUCAUUCUGCUGUGGUUUAUGGCAAUGGCAUGUACUUGUUUGGAGGAUUAAUGGGACUGAGCGAACAGAAGGACUUCUGGAUGUGGGAUUUUAUAGCCACCAACUGGUCCAGUAUCAGGAGAAGCCAGGGACCUCCAAGAGUGGUGGGACAUUCAGCUUUAAUCUUGGAAGAUUCCAUGUUAAUCCUUGGCGGAGGCCUUUCUAGCACUAAGCCAAAUAAUACUUUGUGGCAAUAUCAUUUUCCAUCUCAAACAUGGGUAAAGUUGCCUAGCCCAGUGGUGCUGUCUUCCAAAGCAUAUCAUCAGAUGCUGCCAACUGGAUUUGGUUUCCAAGGAGCUGCUGAUUGCCCACUGAGAUCACUUGGUUGCUUGAAGUCUAAAGAAAAGCGUUGUUCAAAGCUACUGACGUUUUCUAAACAGCACACCUGUUUCUUUGAGCAUCUUCACGAGGAGCCUACAUAUCAGAUACUCAACAAUGAGACUGGCUCUGACAUAGAAAUGAAAACGUUUUGCCAGUCUUCAAAGGAUUCUCUAGGAUUCACUUCCUAUCAAACCACAUCCAGUGCAGAAUUGAAUUCAGAUCCAGCAGCAGAGUUGCUGUGUAAAGAAAGAACCUCGUAUCUCAACAUUGCCAAGGAACAGGAAUUUGCCACCAUGACUGUAACAGAUGAAGGGUCAAGCUUGGACACUCUGAAAAAUGAAUGUGGAGACAUUUGUGAAUCUUCUGUUGUGAUGCUACUUGUUGGCGGUAAACCUCUGUCCAGUUCGCCUGCAAUCUCAUUUUGGCAAAUUGAAUUAAACGGAACUUAAAUAUCAGGCAACUCUCAAGAGGCAGAAGACAUGCCUAAGCUCAGUGAAGUCGGCAUCUGGGAAAAAUCACUUGGCAGUUCUUGCUUACAAUUGUAUUGUGAAACCUAAAUUCACACUUUGUAUGACUCCAAAAUACACGGGAAUCCAUAAAACAUUAUGAGAUUUGUUUUCAGCUCUUUGCUCUGUAGACAACUUGGGUCUGCAAAUGUAGAUGAGGCAGUUAUGAUUAGGAAGCAGCCAACAGCAGCCAUUGGUUGCAUUCAUUUCUUCGUGUAUGUGUGCCAUUUCAAAGCCCUUUGCAAAUUGCCUAUAUAAAGGAUGCAGUAUAAUCAUUCCCAUGACUAAGCUAGGUAAUUGUAAUUCAGUUCAGUGGCUGCUUUGGUAUGACAGGCCUACGUGCUUAUGCAAAGAAAACUUCUUAACCAUCAUUUAUUCAGCAAACCCAAUAUUCUGCAUUUGCACUAUAAGCUAAUCUGAUAUGUUUGGCUAUCUAACAGUUUAACACAGAUGUUUGGUCUAUAUGCUUGAGUUUGCUGUUAAAAUGGUAUCUGAGUGGGGGAGAGGGUGUUUCUUAGCAUAUGCUUAGUUGUUAUAUUGCACUGUUUAAAGCUGCAUUUUCCCUCAAUAUGAAAUUCACUGGGCUUCUAUAUUAUCUCCUCUGAUACAAGUUAAAGAGCCAGAGCUAUAUAAUUUUAUAGAUCUUUAAAGAGUAGUUGUGUCUGUUCCAAGCACAGUUCAGACAAACUUAGUUCACAUCGAAAUAAGGUUCUCCAAUUGCUGUGGUGUUUUUUGACCUUAUAACCCAGAAUGUAGCAGCAUGCACGCAAAUACUUCUACAUUACAGCACUCUCCCUUCAUAACCUGAAAGUGGCCUAGAAAUAGAUCUCUGAAUAUGAUCAAAAUACAUUCAUACACUCCAGCCGUACCAAUUUGCAGCAUUCCAGGCAUUCCAUGCAUACUGUACAUGACGGAUGACAUCAGAUUAAGGUCUCUCUUCGUAUACUAUCCUCUUAUCAUGUCCCCUACUAGGCAUGCAAUCGCUGUUCUGGAAAACACAAGCACAGCUGGGCCUUAUGCAUGUCACAUGGAAAUAAUUGGAUGUCCUGCAGUGAUGCUUCUUGGUGGUUUUGGGGGGUUUUUUUGCUUGUGAAGUUCACAUUGCCAAGAACGUCUGGGCAUGUUUUAUUCUUUCCAAAAUCACAGAAGGAGUUGGGCAAACAGCCAACUGUAUAGAGAAGUUUGGCACGGAGAGUGGAACACGGGUGCUCAGCUUUUCAGUCCAGGGAGAGGCAGUUUGUGCAGAACAGAAAGGGGAAAGUGGUUUUCAGCCGGCCUAGUAUUAUUUUACUGAUUUAAUUUUAUUAGUUUAACAUAAAAAAAAAUCCACACUGGGUUGAUCCUCUCUCUGUAUCAUUUCAUAGACAUGGCUAUGUAUUUUCUGUGAGAAGAGUAUGAGAGAGGUUUGUCACUAUUUUUCUUCUUUUUGAACUAGCUCUAGGGAUUUUCUGGUAGCCCCCUUACCCAGAUUGACUGAUUUAACAUUUUGGAAAUCAGCAAAAUCAUUUAAGUAUUUGCUCCUUUUCAUUUUGUGCCAUCACAAUAAUGUAAAAAAUUAUUUUGCUAAUACUUAUUCAACUUCAGUCUAUAUGAAGAGAAAAUGGUCCUUUGAAGUUACCCCUUCUUAAUUUUUGAGAGGGAAAAAACCAUGAAGUAUAUAUAUAGCAUCAGGAAAAGCCUGCAUGGUGCCUUUUUGAUAUUUUUUUUCUUUUCAGAAAACAUCUGUUUUACAUGCUAUAAAAGUAGUUAUAUUUAUUAAUUAUAUUUUUUUGCUGCAUGAAGCUUUAUACCCAAGCUAAACUAUAUUAAUUUAAUUUUGUGAAAAUGUUAUUCACUGUGUUUUUAAUUACUUUGUUAAUAAUAUGCAUCUCUGAUUUUUGUAACGGUGGCAUAUUGAGAGGAAAAAAGGCAAAAAUAUAAGCUCACUGAAUGAUUUGCAGCUUGGCUGGAGAUGACUGAACACUUGAUAUGUUGUAAGACACAUUUCCUGGGGCAUUACAGCUGGGAAACAAGAUGAGUUGUUGAUGCUUCAUUUGUAUGCUGAUUGUUCUCAUUGAGGAUGAAAAGUCAAAUAUACUUCCUUCCUCUCCCCUACUUAUUGCAACUAUUUUGGUUAACAUUCACUUACAUUACCGCCACGAAGUAGAAAUGUAGGGUCACUUCUGCUACGAAAAGCAAGAUAUUACUCCAAACCAGGAUAUCCUUAAGGAAGCAGAUGAUUUUGUCAGCAUUCUGAACUGUGUGCAUCAGUAGUCCCUAAUGCUAGAGCAUUGUUCUGCUAGAAGAAAAAACACUUAAGCAGACAUUUUGUACAGUUGUGUUGUAUUUAGAAAUAAGCUACAACUUUUAUGAUUGAUCCCAAGUGGUCUACAAAUCACAGUUGUUGUUCCCUUAUACAGUGUUUAGCACAAUCAUUCUAGCAUAGUUUUUACAUCUGGAAUUACAUACACUCAUACACACAAUACUUAAAAAAAUAAGUUACACUUUCAGUAACUACAUUGUUUAAAAAGAUACAAAUACAGUAGUUAGUCUGAGUUUUUUCUUUGAAAAAAAAAACAAUCAAAAUGGAAGUUCUUACAUACUUCAUAGAAAGUUUGUCCAAUUAGGGAAAACAUGUGAGAACAAAGGAAUCUGUAAUCAAAACAUUAAUCACAUUAGGAAUGCUGUAUCAGAAUGCUCUGUAGUCACUCCACAUGCAUUCUGUUUCAGAGAGAAUAGGUGAACAUUUUGCUCCAAGAGGAAUGUUAAUGCUUAGCGUUAAUAACAGAGGCCCAAAUUGUUCUGCCUCAAUAAUCACAGACACUUUAGUUAUGGAGCAGUAAAGUAUGUUCUCCUUGGGGCAUCUUUCCUAGAGAUACAAGUACUGUAACAUGUGAUAAGCGAAGAAAGAAAAGACAAAUCUGAAUGACUUGGCUUUAUGCAUGCAGACAAAUUGCAUUUGUAGGAAAAACUUCGUAAUUAUCUUACCAGAGGAAAAGCUUCAGCAGACAAACAGGAUUGUUGUUAAAAAUGCAAGCUAAUUCAAGCAUCUGUGGACACCUUGCUUGACGGUGAACAAUGGCUGCUAAUAAACACUAAUUGCAAUUUUGCAUUCAUUAGUCAAAGCAAAAGAAUCUGCUGUUUUGGUCCAUUUUAAUCAAUCAAAAGAGACACUAAGUUAGUUUCCAGAUGCCCCAUUAGAGACCUGCAGUGGAGGCUGUUCUAUUGACAAAAGGCUUUCAAUUCUUUAUGUGAUAGCUGUAAUUUUGUCUUUGUACAUAUCUGCAAGGAGACUUUACCCACUGAUAAAUGUAGAGCCAAUAAUAACAGUAUUCCACUUUCUAUACCCACAUUAGUUUCCUUU